GCCCCCGAAGCCGCGAUGGCGUCGUGGCUGGGCGGGCUGGGCUCGGGGCUGGGCCAGUCCCUGGGGCAGGUGGGCGACAGCCUGUCCUCGCUCACCGGGCAGAUCUCCAGCUUCACCAAGGACAUCCUUCUGGAAGGCGCGGAGGAAGUGGGCGAUGCAGCAACAGAACUCCAUGUGUCCAAUUCUAGACUCAGAGAAAUAGAAAGUAUUAAUGCAGCACAAAAGCUUGAAAAUGAUAGAUUGAAAAAAGUCUGUAGUGACUUAGAAGAAAAGCAUGAAGCAGCAGAGCUGCAAAUAAAGCAGUUGUCUAUCGAGUACCGCAAUCAGCUUCAACAAAAGGAGGUGGAAAUCAGCCAUCUAAAAGCCAGACAGAAUGCACUACAGGAACAACUGCAGAAAGUACAGACAGCUGCUCAGACUGCUCAGCUGGGAGCUGGUGUUUUGCCAGCAGCCACUGCAUCAGCCUCCUAUGUUCCAGAGGUCAGACAUUCCUCAGGUUUUGAAGGAGAUGACAUGGAUUUUGGAGAUAUAAUCUGGUCACAGCAAGAAAUAAACAGAUUGUCCAAUGAAGUUUCCAGGCUGGAAUCUGAGGUUGACCACUGGAAACAGAUUGCAGUGUCUUCCAAAGUGCAAGGCACAAAUGAUGCUGAACAAAGUGAAAUAUGCAAACUACAAAAUGUUGUUAAGGAGCUGAAACAGAAUUUAAGUCAAGAAAUAGAUGAACAUCAGCAUGAGCUGUCAGUACUGCAGGAUGCCCACAGACAGAAGUUAGUAGAGUUAAGUCGUCGGCACCGAGAAGAGCUGCGCGAAUAUGAGGAGCGAAUUGAGGAGCUUGAGAAUCGGUUACAGCAAGAUGGUGUGAGCACUGAUGCCGUGGAUGACUCUAAAAUUACUGAACAGAAAAAAAAAGCUCAGAGUCCAGAUGGAGGACAGGUGGAAGAAUUGCGGGUUGUAAAGGACCUAGAGGAUGAAAUAAGAAAAUUAAAUCACCAAUUAUCUUCUGCCAAAGCAGAAAACAAAAAUCUUCUGAAAGAGCAAGAAUUUGCAAAGCUAGAAAAAAUCCAAAUAGCACAAGAUUAUGAAAAGCUUAAAUCUGACUUUGAUGCACUUCAAAGGUCUGUGGCAGAGCAAGAUGCUCUCCUGAAAGAACAGAAGCAGCCCCAGUCAAAGACAUCACUGCCACAAGAUGUUGUCAGCCUACAGCAAGCAUUGUUAGAAGCAGAAAAUGAAAUAGCAAGACUUUCCAGUUUAAAUCAGGGACUUGAGAAGGAACUGACAAGUGCACAACAUAAACAUGAGAAUAUUCUUUCUUCGAAUACAGAGGAUCAGAAUUCAGAAAUAAAUCAGUUAAGACAAGAUUUGGAAAGGAAAGAACAUGAAUUAGAUGAAAGUAUUGCUGAAAGAGAAACAUUAAUAGCAGAGUUGGAAGAACUAGACAAGCAGAAUCAAGAAGCUACUCAGCAUAUGAUUACACUGAAAGAGCAGCUGUCGAAGCAACACACAGAAACUGAUAGUGUCAUCAAACAGCUGAAACUUGACAUAGAUUGUGAAAGAAAGAAGGUAUCAGAAUUAGAAACUGAGAAGAUGAAAGCUAUUAAAGAGUUAGAUAGUCAGAAAGAAAAACUAAGCCACUGUUCAUAUGCACUUAAUGAUUUGCAUAUAACUAAGCAGCAGCUACAAGACAAUAUUAAAGAUCUUCAAGAACAAUUAAGGAAAGCCCAUGAGUGUAAUUCACAUAGUAAAAAAGAAAUUGGAGAGUUGCAGCAGAGACUAAAAGAAAGAGAAGAGGAACUUGGUGUAUCCUUGAGCAAGUUAACAGAAAAAAGUAAUGAGGAAUCUAACCACACUUGUCAAGAUCUGAUUCUGAAAGACAGAGAAGUAGAAAUUGCAAAACUACAGAAUGAUGCUUCAGAAAACAAACGAAUAAAUGAAGAUCUACAGAAAUCUCUGUCUAAUCUCAGAAUAGAAAAUGGAAAGCUGAUGGCAGCCAUUGAAGAACUAAAACAGGAGUUAAGUGAUGCCAUUUCUGAGAAAAAGAAAGUUCAUUUGGAAAAAGACACUCUUGUGGAGGCUUUGAAAAUGGAGAAAAGGCAGUUAGAGAGUGAAUUAAAUGAGACAGAGAAGAGGCUUUUGGAACAAGCACGUAAUUAUGAGAAAACUAUUGAGGAUCUGUCAAAGGCCCGUAGUAUGGACACCAGUGCCCUGCAGCUCGAGCAUGAGCGCCUGGUGAAGCUUCACCAAGAGAAAGACUUUAAGCUUGCUGAGCUUAAAAAGACCAUGGAGCAGAUGGAACUUGACCAUCAAGAAACAAAGGAGAUGUUGACUACUAGCUUAGGAGGACAAAAGCAGUUGACGGAUCUCAUAAAAGAGAAGGAGGUAUUCAUUGAAAAAUACAAAAAUCAAGCCUUACAGGCGAAGCAGGAACUUGAGGAAUAUAUGAAAGUUUCAAAAAAGCAGGAUGUCUUAAAACAGAACUUGGAGGAAAAAGACAGAAGUCUUGCAGUCAUGAAGGAAGAAAAUAAUCAUUUGAAGGAAGAAAUUGAACGGCUUAAGGAUCAGCAAAGUAGAUCUACACCUGUGGUUGAGCCUAAAACUUUAGAUAUUAUUAUUGAACUUGAAAGUGAGGUAACACAGUUAAAAGUGAUAAAGAGUAAUCUUGAAGAAGAAAUAAAAGUUCACAAAAAAACAAUAGAAGAUCAGAAUCAAGCAACAGUGAAGCUUCAGCAGUCACUGCAGGAGCAGCAAAAGGAAAUAGAUGAGUCCAAAUUGCAGUGUCAGCAAAUGAAUGUCACACAUGAAAGACUCUUUUUAGAAAAAGAUGAGGAAAUCAAAAAUUUGCAGAAAACAAUUGAACAAAUUAAAACUCAGUUGCACAAAGAGAGACAGAUUAUUCAGACUGAUGCUUCUGAUCUUUUUCAGGAAACCAAGGUUCAGACUCUUAAUGGAGAAAAUGGAAAUGAAAAGCAUGACUUAUCUAAAGCUGAAAUUGAAAGACUGGUCAAAGGUAUCAAGGAAAGGGAGAUGGAGAUUAAGCUGUUAAAUGAAAAGAAUGUUUCUCUAAGUCAGCAAAUUGAUCAGCUGUCUAAGGAUGAAGUUGGUAAACUUACUCGGAUCAUUCAAGAGAAAGAUUUAGAAAUACAAGCUCUUAAUGCUAGAGUUUCCUCAGCUUCCUACAGACAGGAUGUUCUUUCCCUUCAGCAGCAGCUGCAAGCUUAUGUUCUGGAAAGAGAACAAGUACUAGCAGUUCUAAGUGAAAAGACAAGGGAGAACAGUCAGUUAAAAACAGAGUAUCGUAAUAUCAUGGACAUGGUCGCUGCUAAAGAAGCAGCUCUGGUGAGGUUGCAGGAAGAGAACCGAAGGUUAUCCAAUAGAUCUGAAAACAGCAGUCAAGAAAUGUCUAGAGAAACUAUUCAGAAUCUAUCCCGUAUCAUUCGAGAAAAAGACAUUGAAAUAGAUGCCCUAAGUCAAAAAUGCCAAACCUUACUGACUGUCUUGCAGACAUCCAGUACAGGUGCUGAUAAUGGGGCAGGGGGGGUGAACAGUAACCAGUUUGAGGAACUUCUGCAAGAACGUGAUAAACUGAAACAGCAAGUAAAGAAAAUGGAGGAGUGGAAACAACAGGUAAUAACCACGGUGCAGAACAUGCAGCAUGAGUCAGCUCACCUCCAGGAAGAGUUGCACAGGCUGCAAGCACAAAUUUCAGUUGAAAGUGAUAGUACUUCAAGGCUGCAAGUAGAUUAUAAUGGCUUGAUUCAGAGUUAUGAACAGAAUGAGAAAAAGCUGAAAAGUUUUAGCCAGGAAUUAGCACAAGUUCAACACAGCAUAGGACAGCUUUAUAGCACAAAGGAUCUCCUCCUGAGCAAACUGGAUUUGGUAACACCAUCUGUGGCAACAGCUGCCACCGUUUCACAGCUUUCAGGUGUUCAAUGCAGUCCUCCUGAGGCGCUCAGUGAGGAAUCUAAACUCCUUCAAAAUGAGUUGGAACAACUGAAAAAAAAGUUACAAGAAAAAGAUUCAACUAUCAGGAUUCUUCAGGAAAACAAUCAGCGAUUAUCUGAUUCUGUUGCUACAGCAUCAGAGAUUGAAAGAAAGAGUCAAGAAGGAACUGAAUCAGAGAUGAGACAGAUCAAAGAAAAACAUGAUGUGUUACAGAAGUCACUAAGAGAAAAAGAUAUAUUAAUUAAAUCUAAAAGUGAUCAGUUACUUUCUGUGAGUGAAAAUCUUAGUAACAAAGAAAAUGAAAAUGAGCUUUUGAAGCAAGCUGUAACUAAUCUAAAAGAAAGAAAUUUAAUUUUAGAAAUGGAUAUUCGAAAACUGAAAGAAGAAAAUGAAAAAAUAGUUGCAAGGUGCAGGGAAAAAGAAACAGAAUUCCGUGCACUUCAGGAGACUAAUAUGCAAUUUUCAAUGAUGCUGAAAGAGAAAGAGUUUGAGUCUCACUCAAUGAAGGAAAAAGCUCUUGCUUUUGAGAAGCUGUUGAAAGACAAAGAACAGGGCAAGACAGGAGAAUUGAAUCAGCUGUUAAAUGAAGUUAAAUCAAUGCAGGAAAAGGCUGUUACUUUUCAGCAGGAGAGAGACCAAGUGAUGGUAGCACUGAAACAGAAGCAAAUGGAGAGCAGUGCUCUGCAGAGUGAGGUGCAGCAUUUGCAUGAGAAGGAGCAGCGCCUAAAUCAGGAACUGGAGAGGUUGAGGAAUCACCUUUUGGAAAUGGAAGACUCAUACACCAGAGAGGCUUUAGCUGCAGAAGACAGAGAGGUCAAGCUGAGAAAAAAGGUUUUGAUUUUGGAAGAAAAACUUGCAUCCUCAUCUACUGCAGUGGAGAAUGCCAGCCAUCAGGCUAGUCUGCAGGUUGAAUCUUUGCAAGAGCAGUUAAACCUAGUGUCCAAGCAGAGAGAUGAAACCAUGCUGCAGCUGACCAUCUCCCAGGACCAAGUGAAGCAGUAUGCACUGUCUCUGGCCAACCUGCAGAUGGUACUAGAGCAGUUCCAACAGGAAGAAAAAGCUAUGUAUUCAGCAGAGCUGGAGAGACACCAAAAACAGAGUGCAGAAUGGAAGAAGAAAGCAGAAAACCUAGAAGAAAAAGUUGUAUCACUGCAGGAGAGUUUAGAAGAGGCAAAUGCUGCUCUGGAUGCAGCAUCCAGGCUUACUGAGCAGCUUGACAUCAAAGAGGAGCAGAUUGAAGAACUUAAGAAAGAAGGUGAGGUCAGAAGAGAAAUGUUAGAAGAUAUGCAAAAUAAAUUAAUGAACCUUAUGAACAGCACAGAAGGAAAAGUGGACAAACUGUUGAUGAGAAAUCUCUUCAUUGGUCAUUUUCAUACUCCAAAAAAUAAACGUCUUGAAGUGUUAAGGUUAAUGGGAAGUAUUUUGGGACUGAAAAAGGAGGAACUUGAUCAGUUACUAUCUGAAGAGCAAAGAGGAGUUACAAGAUGGGUGACUGGCUGGCUUGGUGGAGGAGCUGGGUCAAAGAGUGUUCCUAGUACACCUUUGAGACCAACUCAUCAGAACAUUUUUAAUAGUUCUUUUUCAGAACUGUUCGUGAAAUUCCUUGAAACUGAAUCUUCCCCAAGCCUUCCCCCACCCAAGCUCUCUGUUCAUCACAUGAAACCUUUAGGAGCAGCAGGAACUGGUAAAACUAGCAGUACUCCACCCAACAGUCAAAUGCAAGAUUCUCCAGUCUCAGGAAUGGGUAGAAGACCAGAUGCAAAUCCAUUUUUAGCACCUCGAUCUGCAGCAGUGCCUCUCAUAACACCAGCUAGUAGUUCUGGACAUCUGCUUAUGAAACCUAUUUCUGAUGCAUUGCCUACUUUUACACCACUGCCAGUGUCCCCUGAUGCCAGUGCUGGUGCUGUUUUAAAAGACCUCCUAAAACAAUAGAUGACCUUGUAUCAGUACGAUGAUAGCACUUU